CCAACUUCUGAUAGAAUUGUGUUUGGGCUUGGGCCCCUUCUUAUCAUUAGAAUUGAAGCCAUGGGCCGCAAAUUUCCAGCAAGUGAGAAGGAUCAUUAUCUACAUCCCUAUCUGUGAAGAAAACAACAAACGACGGGAACAAUUCCGGCAUGUUGUCGGAAAUGACGUCCGACCAGGAAGAUACCGGAGCUGCGGAAAUUCAUCCAAACAAACGGAUUAAAACCCUAACCCGAAGUUCACCUGAAUCCUCGCCGUCCUCAUCCGACAAAGGCAAAUCAAAGCUCGAAGUUUCGGAUUGGGAAAACGAAUGGAAUUGCUGUGGAAUUUGCUUGUCUGAAAGUGGACAUGGCACGGGCACGAUCAUCAGAGGUUGUAUCGAUUGUUGCGACCAUUACUUCUGUUUUGUGUGUAUAAUGGAGUGGUCUAAGGUUGAGUCCAGAUGUCCCAUGUGUAAACGCCGUUUCUCCACCAUCCGCCGCCCUCCUAAACCUCCCGUUUUCCCUUCCGAACGCGUUGUUAAUGUUCCUGUCCGCGAUCAGGUUUACCAUUACCUAGGAAAUGCAACAACUGGACCGCGGGAUCUAUACGAAGAAGUGCAAUGUUACGUGUGCCAUAGCACGGCCGAUGACAGUCUCCUGCUGUUGUGCGACCUUUGUGACACUGCUUAUCAUACUUACUGUGUUGGCCUUGGUGCUACUGUACCUGAGGGUGAUUGGUUUUGCGCAGACUGCUCACUUCUGAAGGCUGAACAGGCUCAGGGUGAGAUCAAAACUGAUUGUGAUACUCAAGCUAGUUUCGGUGACCACUGUUUAGCAGAACCAGCAAGACAUGUAUCUAUAUAUGAAAUUGUACGAGAGUCAUACACUCCAACUGCUUCCUUGGAUGCUACAGACAAUUCAUCUCGUACUGAUACUGGAAGGCAAAGUACUUCUCAAAGCAGCUCGAUUGGGUUAGGCUCGCUAGGACAAAAUGCUGUUGCAAGACAUGCCAAUAAGUUCAAUGCCAGAACACUGGGGCAUUGCCGCAAUGUCCAUGAUAAGAUUCGCACAUUGCGUAAACAUUGGAAUGGUUUUCGAAGUGGAUCCUUGACAUUCUCUUCUAGCAAAAUGAGUAAUGCUAGUAUUGCCAAACAAAAACCAGUGCAGGGCAGCUGUUCUGGUGAACGGCCUUUAGUAUCUUGCUCGAGUCAACCAAUGACAUCACAGUCUCUUGAUCAAAAUAAACUGGACAGUAAAGGUUCAAUAGAGGUGGAGAAGGCGUGGAAAAUGAUGAAUAUGGCCAAGGCAAUAGAGCAAGGUCGUGACAGGAAUAAAAGUUUCCUUCAGGCCUCAAAACAUGCUGUUAAGAAGAAUACUAGCUGCAAAAAAGCUGGUGAAUCAAGCUCAAGGUCUGGCUCACUAAAGAUCGAACAGCAUCAGCAUGCGUGUAUUCAAAAUGUUGGAUCAGGUAGUCAAUUCCACAACCAUGCUUUUAAGCUGGACAGUAAAUUAAAAGGUUCUUCAGGUGUAGAUAAAGGUUUUUCAAUGGCAUGUGGACCAUCAUACAGUGAACUUGUAUCUUCGAAGGAGUCUCAGACUUCAGUUCAGCCCGAUAUCUGUCAUGCGAACAAUGGACUAAUACAGAAGAAUAAGUCGUAUGCUGGGUCCACAGAAUUGAUUUCUUCUGUCAGGUCGACAUCAAUUUCUACCACUGUAGGUUAUGACAAAAAGAACUGUUCUUCCUCGAGUAGCAUUGUGAAUCCUCCUCAAGAGAAACUCAAGGUCGAAAAGAGUGACAUUAAGAACAGAGGUCAGGUGGAAUGUGAUGCCAAGACUGAGAUCCAAUCUCUUGUGAAGCUCAACCUAAAAAUCCUAUGCAGAGAUAAAAAGCUCGAAGUUGGUACAUUUAAGCAAGUUGCAAGACUAGCGACUCACUCCAUCUUAGCUGCGUGUGGUUUGGAGCAUCGAAGACCUGGCAUUUCUUCCCUUCCAGAAUGUGUUUGCAUCCAUGCCGAGGAAGUUAGAGGACUCAGGAGAUCUACUCUAAUGCCUAAUUCAUGCCGAGAAUGUUUCUUUUUGUUUGUGAAGAAUGUGGUUAAUACUAUACUGCUCGACAACAGCUGAGAAUUGAUAAUUUAUUUUUGGCUAGGCCAAACAACUAAAUAGCGACGAUCACUAGUUUAUAACACAAUUGAGCUUCCCUCUCUACUGCUCUAGGGGCAAUAUAGGCUACAAUACCACUGAUAGAUUAGUUCAAUUAGUUGUUAUGUUGCGUUUUAUCGUAUUAUAGGAUAGAGUGCUCAUUUCCUUUGUCAAGUUGUACCUCUGUCAAUUCUUAUUUGAUUUCCUCUUAGUUUAGUGUGACACAAAUAAAACCAUACAGUACCCAUUGAACUGAA